UAUUUGUUUACUACUAAAUGGAACAAGAAAAUAGAAUUAAACGGUGUCCCAUCUCCCCCCACCCUACUAUAACUUUAGUUGUCUCAUCGAUUACGGUAACGAAAAUUUUGAAACAUUUUAAGCGAUAAGACAGAAUAUACCGACAAAACAACAGCUGUUAUAUCAGAUAUAGGCAUGGGGGAAAUGGUGCUGUUAAUUUUGCUGACGGUGUAUAUUUUAAAGAUGGCGACAGGUCAGGAAACAACACCGGAACCUUGUGGGGGCGAGUUAGUAGUCGGAGAGUUCACUCUAAUUAAAAAUCCGGGCUACCCGAGCGAAAACAACCAACAAGGAAAAUAUCCGAAUAACGCCGACUGUGUUUGGACUUAUGAAGGAAAUGAGGAUUCGUUAGUUGUGUUUAAAUUCUGGGAUCUCGUAAUCGAGCUGGGAGAUGGAGGGUCAAAUUCAACUUGUGAUUAUGAUUAUUUGGAAAUCGACAUCGAAUCGCUAGGACCGACAAAAUACUGCGGGUAUUCUAAGCCAGAAGAAGCAAUUAUGGGGUUCGGCUCACUUACAAUUCAUUUCGCCAGCGACGAUUCUGUAAAUUAUAGAGGGUUUCAGGCUUCGUAUUCAAUAAACGAGGAUUACAAUCCGUGCGACCCUGACCCUUGUAUACAUGGUGAUUGUGGGCGCAGUGAAGAUAGAAUAAGGAGGGUUUGCGAGUGUUUUCCGGGAGCGGAGGGCGACGUUUGUGAAAUAGACAUUAACGAAUGUGAAUCAGACCCUUGCCAGAACGGUGGAUCUUGCAGACAGAGCUCUGAACUUGACUUAUACGCUUGUGAAUGCGCAAUCUCCUUUAACGGUGAUAACUGUGAGAAUGAAAUGGACUCACCAUGUGUUAGCAACCCUUGUCAAAACGAAGCUACAUGUUCAAUGAUUCCUCCAUUUAACUAUGUGUGUGAAUGCGCACAACACUACAAAGGCAUCAACUGUGAAAUAGCCGAUUUCCCCCCUUGCCUAUCGUCGCCAUGCACCAACGGUGGCACGUGUCACGACAUUGCUAAUGACGUCACUGAGGAUGACGUCACUAUCUCGGACUACAACGGCUACACUUGUGCUUGCACGAGAAAAUACCGAGGUGUACAUUGCGAAACAGAAACAGGGUGUAUGAACCCUGGCAUUCCAUACGUGGAAGAGAACAAGAAGUUUGACGAGGGUUCGACGGUAGAGUUCUCAUGUGUUGAAGGGUUUAUUCUCGUAGGAAAAGCAAAUACGACUUGCACUACGGAUGGUUCGUGGUCAAACCAGAUGCCGGAAUGCAUAAACAACAGUACAGCCACUGAAGAAACUGACGACUCAAUGUCAUCAUGGACUGCUGCAAUGAUCGGCCUUGGGGUGGCGCUAGCGAUUAAAGUUGUUCUGUUUACUUUAUGGAUGGUGUACAGAGGGCCCUGGGUCAAAAUGGACGACGACCCUGAAAUUCCAGACAAUGAUACAUUUAAACAACACGUUCAGUCUGUAAGUAGUUACAUAAGCGAUGAUGUAUUUGAACGUGAACGGCCAGGCAGUCUUCGUUCGUAUGGUACUUCGUAUUGAGUUAGCCGUAGUUGAUUUUUGUUUGUACUUGUUUGCUUUUGUUUUCUUUUGUAUACAACUUUUUUCGAUUGCAGAUAAUACUUGGUGUUUGUUUUAUAUUUAAAAAAAUAAAUAAUAAAGUUUAAAUUACAAAGUGAUAAAUAUUUAUGAAUAAAAUUAUAGUAUAACAAAAAGUUUUUAGUAGGCCUAUACCAAGUCAUAUUUGACAGUAUAUAGGCAUACGUGGUGCAUACAAAAUAUUGUGUCAAAAUUGGUUUAGAAAAACUAAAAAGUUUGAUUAUCAUAAAAUACCUAAUAUAUGGUAGGGUGGGGAAGAUGGAACACCUUUUCAUUCCAUUUCUUGUCCUAUUUGGUAGUAAACAAGGAACAUUCGAAUUAUUAUAAAACCGUAUCCUCGCGACUCCCAUAUAGAUCGUUGUUAAUUGUUUAAAACACGAUCAGGACAUUUGGAUAUUAUGUGCUAAAUGUCUCCUGUCUUCCCCACCCUACUAAGUUUUUUCACCAAGUCUUAUUGUACCACCGCUUCAGUUUCUAUGUGUAUUACAUUAUCGUGCACUUGUAUAACGAAUAAAAGUUCUCGUUGUGUUUUUAAA